AUGAAGAAGGACACCACAGAGGGAGGCUAUGGAUUCAAGUCGUUCAAUGAAUUUAUGACCACUCUUAUGGAUUCCAAGGACCAGCAACUCUCUGCCUCAAUGUCCCGCUUCUCUAACCAACCGGACCAGGACCAGAAAAGAGCAAGACUGCGGUCUUUUUCGGUCUUUGGUCCAGUCUUGGUCCAAACUGGUUACAACCAGUUCAAGACCGGCUUUUCAGCUAAAUAUGCCAUAAAUUUUGCAAUUCUUCUAAACGAGUACAAGAACGUGCGUUUUGAAGGGUUUUUAUUCUUGGGACUGGACUUCGAAGCACUAACCGAGACACUACAGAAGGAAGGUAAAGCAGUGAAGGAGAUCUUUUCUAGGGGGUUCUACACAUCAGUCUCAGAGCUUUUGAAAACAUUCUCAAUGGAAGCUCUCUCACAGCAGUUGCAGGAGGCUGCACCAACCAUCUGGAAGCUUCUAACAGAGAUGUCUCUGCCUCUCUACAAGUGGCAGAAGGAAAACCAGAGAGACGAAAACCUGAUCUUUACAACAAUGUGUGCUAUGAUGGGAAUACUUCAAUCUACGAGGGCAACAGACUUCCACAUCACACUCAGACUAUUCUUACUUGGUUCGGGUGCAUCAAAGCGUGAAAUUGAAGUGCUUGCACAUGCUGGCAUAUGUAUCUCUUACAGUGCUAUCCUCAAACACGUUCGGAGGCUUUCUGAAGAGGGGACUCAGAAAUUCAGAGAAGCAAUUGGAGAAAGUGCUUGCAUGAUUGUAUGGGACAACCUCAACAUCGCAUUCCACGUGGGACCACUUCGACAAUGGUACAACAUCGACUCUUAUCCCUCUCUAUGA